AUGAACUCAAUCGGCGAUCAUAUUUCACAAAAUCUACCUACAUUUUUUCUGGAACCAGGAACUAGUCUAGCUGAAGCUAUUGGUGAACAAAUAUUAUCAACUCAUUCAAACGAAACAAUACAAUCAACGUCAUUAAUAUUAAGUAGUAUUGAUUCGUAUAAUGAUAGGGAAAAGCAAAUACUGAAAGAAUCUGAAAAUUCAAAAUAUAAAACAGAAUUAUGUCAAAAUUUUUCAAAUUAUGGUCUUUGUUCGUAUUCAUCACGUUGUCGAUUCGCUCAUGGCCUUCAAGAGUUACGUUGUCGAACUCGACAUCCAAAAUAUAAAACAGAGCUUUGUCGAAAUUUUACUUCUGGUUAUUGUAACUAUGGUUCGCGUUGUCAAUUUUUACACAAUUCUGCCGACACUAAACAAGAAAAUGUUGAUUUAACAAUAUUUCCUGCAUUAGUAUAUCCAACAAUUGCUACAAUUGGAACCUAUUUACUAGUAAAUAUAUUAAAUCAAUCAACUGUAGCUGCUCGUAAAAAUUUUCAACUAAAAUCUGACUCUUCCAUUGUUACUUGA